UCACUCAGCUUCGACUUGCCUUUAAAGUCGGCUGAAAUGUCGAACGCUCCCAGUGUUGCAAGAGGCGAACUCUAGCCACACGAUACACUGUAACAAACUCACCAUUCCUGCGUAGACGCUUGCGAAUAGACAGUGUUUGUGCACUGCACGGGCUUGAUUGUGUUUGAAUAUCUGUGGAUAGUUUAGCUUCAAGUAUCAGUUUACUUACUUAUUUUAACACCACAAUGCACAGAGUAAAGGUAGUUUUUGGUCAUUUAUCGCCACCGAACACGUUCAAAUCCCACAGUGUUCCUUUUGUCUCCGGGGUAGAAUGUAGUGCUUUAUCCGCCAGUCCAGAUGAUAUAGUGGUGGUCCACGGGCUGAGGACUGCUUUCGGCAAGGCUAAAAGAGGAUCUUUCAAGGACACCACUCCAGACGAGCUGUUGAGUUGUGUGAUGACAGCGGUCCUGGUAGAUGUGGGACUGUCACCUGAGAGACUAGGGGACAUCUGUGUGGGUAAUGUUCUGCAGCCUGGGGCAGGUGCUCUCAUGGCCAGAGUGGCUCACUUCCUCAGUGAGUUCCCAGAGACUGUCCCUGUCUACACCGUCAACAGGAUGUGUUCCUCUGGACUACAGGCUCUGUUCAACAUCGCAGGAGCCAUCAGGAGUGGGUCAUAUGAUAUGGGUCUGGCCUGUGGAGUGGAGAGCAUGUCUCUGCGGGACGCUGGGGAACCAGGAGAUGUGGAGCUCCAGACUUAUGGACUACGAGAAGGCUAGAGACUGUGUCAUACC